UUAAUUUCAGCUGGCUAAUAGGACAUUUGAUCGACUUAGUUGAACCACGUACGAGGGACGGGGCCCAGGGAUUUAACCUCGCAAAAUUCUGUUUCACUCCAGACAAAAUUUGUGAUUCAUUCUGUAAAGAUCAGGGAUUAACCUGGAACAAACGUGUACUAAACCAGGAUAGAUCUAGGAUUAAUACUGUAAAGAUCAGGGAUUGUCGUGGAUUGUCAGAUUACAGAUUAAUCUUUGAAAGAUCUCAGAUAAUCUCUGGACAGAGUCGAGAUCAUCCCAGGAAAGAUAAUUAAUAAAUGGAUUAAUUUGAUUCUGAUCUAUGAUUAAUCCUGAACACAUCUGGUAUUGAUCCAGUUUGUUAAACACCGUGUCAAUAUUUUACAUUAAACAUGUUUAUUCUGUUGAAGUGAUGCUGUUGCUGGUUCAGAAAAUCUGUAACAUAAGAGGUCAGCUGAUCAACAAGCUCAGACUUCAGGUCCUCAAAAUAAACAUUAAGUACCCCCCGAGGGAAAUGUGCCGUCUCCAUUACAGAAGCAGGACUGACUCAAAGAACACAUGGACGUGUCUCAAGUCAGAGGAAUAACUGGUUCAAUGUAAAAAAGCACUUUUAAAAAUAUGUGAGUACUCUUCUUUUUCAGUAAUAUUCGUGUUUUACUGCUUUUAAGUGCUGAUUGUAUGAAGUUUUACUGUCAGUGUUGCUGUCUGUUGUUUAGUGUUUUAUCUGAACAGACUUGUAUGAAGUCAGUGCUGCUGUCUGUUGUCUGGUGUUUUAUCUUAACAUACUUGUAUGAAGUCAGUGCUGCCGUCUGUUGUUUGGUGUUUUAUCUGAACAGACUUGUAUGAAGUCAGUGCUGCUGUCUGUUGUCUGGUGUUUUAUCUUAACAUACUUGUAUGAAGUCAGUGCUGCUGUCUGUUGUUUGGUGUUUUAUCUUAACACUCGUAUGAAGUCAGUGCUGCUGUCUGUUGUCUGAUGUUCAUCUCUGACCCCACAGCACCAUCAUGGCAGUAGCGAGCAUCUCUCGCUCUGAAGCAUUCGAGGAUUAUUCUCUGUACAGUAACCUGAAUGAUGACGAGCUGCUGCAGCUCGCCAUCGAGCGCAGUCUGACUGACGCACCCUGCGACGCCUCCAAUGCCAUCACCUCUGCUACUGCCAACACACCUCCUCCACCACCUGACAGCAGCAGCCUGAAUACUUCAGCCAGAGCCACUAAUCAAUCAAGGCAUCCGACUCCAGCCCAGAGCUCUGCACACUACAGUUCUCCAAAUCCUCCGAGGGAACAGCUUCCUGAUCCGAAGAUGUUUGAUGGGACGGUCAGUCACUUCAUGACGGGUUCUGGGAAGCGCAUGGUGGAGUAUCGCAGAGCUGACGGCACUCUCGUUCUCAUCGCUCCAGAACCUAAAGAGGAGGAGGAGCCUCUGUUCAAAGCGAUCCGUGUCGGUGAUGCGAGCAGAGUGAAAGCGUUGGCGGUGCUUCUGGGAACAGACCUGAUGCUGCCGAAUAAACCGGGAUGGCUGGCGAUCCACCAGGCAGCGUGGUUUGGUCAGGACACCUGUCUGCAAGUACUGCUCUCAGCUCAGCCGGGGAUGAUAAACAAAAGAACGGAGCGCGGUGAAUCAGCGCUGCUGGUUGCUGUCAGCAAAGACCAGCUGCGAUGUGUUCAGGUGCUGCUGGAAAAUGGUGUAGAUGCCAACAUCCCAAACUAUGACAAAGAGACUCCUCUUUACAGAGCCUGUGAGAGGAACAUCCCUGCGAUGGUGGCGGCGUUGUUGAACCACGGUGUAGCGGUGAACACUCACUGUAUUUGGGGUUGCACCGCCCUGCACGAAGCCGCAUGUCGAAACAACGUGGAGAUCUGUGAGAUGCUGCUGAAGGCUGGAGCUAAACACAACCUCUCCAACAUGUAUGGCAUCUCACCGCUGUUCAAUGCAGCACAGAGCGGGCAGCUCGCCGCCCUGCGCCUCCUCCUCAAACAUAGUGCAGACCUUAAUGGUCAGGCUGCUGAUGGAGCAACCGCUCUCUAUGAAGCUGCUAAAAAUGGACAUGAAGAAAUUGUGGAGCUCCUCCUCUCUCAGAACGCUAACGCCAACAUACCUGGAAAGACGGGGUUAUUACCGCUUCAUGUGGCCGCUCAGAGAGGAAGUGACAUCAUCGUCUCCAUGUUGAUCUCAGCCACCAGUAAGACCAGAGUCCGGCGGACUGGUAUCAGCCCACUCCACCUGGCCGCUGAGCGUAACCGUGAUGACGUCCUGGAGGUUCUGAUCAAGGCGGGCUUCGACGUCAACGCUCAGCUGUCUGAAGAACGAUCAAGGCUGUACCAGGACCGCCGCAGCACGGCACUCUAUUUCUCCGUCAUCAACAACAAUAUCGACGCAGUGCACAUGCUGCUGGAGGCCGGUGCCGACCCAAACCUCGACUUGUUCAGGCCGCUGUUGGUGGCGGCGAGACUGGGCUGCAUCCAGACCGUCACCAUGCUGGUGGAGCACGGAGCCGACAUCAACACUUCCAUCACCACACACCCCACCACUUUCCCCGCCGUCUACAUGUUCUCCAUGAAGUACCUGCCUAUGUUCAAGUACCUGCUGGACAACGGAGGCCACGCCCUGUCCUGCUUCAACUGUAUCUAUGGUAACCGACUGCAUCCAUCAAUCAAAACCACGCGAUCAGAGGACCUCCCCGGAACCGACAGAGUCCCCCAGCAAAGGGGCGGCGUUCAGUUCUGUGAGAUGAUUUCAGCCCCGAGUAUCUGUCGGUGGGCGGGGCCAAUCAUUGACGUCCUGUUGGACUACGUUGGUCAUGUGACUCUCUGCUCCAGAAUAAUGGAACACCUGGACAGUUACUCCGGCUGGAGCGCCAUCAAGGAUAAAGCAUCUCCUCCUCGCCCACUGCUGCAGCUUUGCAGGCUUCAGGUUCUGCAGCUGGUUGGUCGGCGGCGUUUGAAGAAGUUGCCGCUGCCUGGUGGUCUGAUCCGCUUCCUGCAGCACCAGCAAGGACCUGUGGAGGACUGAAACUUGAUGUGUUUACACUAAAAGGAGGCUAUUACUAGUAUUUAUUUAUAGUCUGCUUUGUUUUUUGUGAGUAAAUCCAGGACUUUAACAACAUUUUCCAAGUGUUUGUAGGUUUCUCCUGGAUGAUGAGCUGGUUGAAGCUGAUGUUCCUGCAGCAUCUUGGUUAUCAUCUUUCAUAUUAAAACUAAAAGAUACUUGUUGAAAUCACUGAAUGUACCAGAUGUCUCCAGCUCCCUCUAUAAAGGAUGUAACUUAAAUGGUAUUAGUUUUUUAUUGUAACACAUUUUAUAUCUGCAGUCUUUAUUUCUUGGUGUGUGUGAGUUCAUACUUUUCUAUAAACAAACAGAAGCUUUCUUAGGCCACUGCACUACACAAAACCAGCUCAACGAACCCAAAGGGGAACGUCGCUACAGUCUACAAGGGAACACUCCGCACCACUUUGAUAGAGCACGCGCAGAGCAACCUGCAAGAGUCAUCUGGGCCCGCUGCAGCAGAAACAUCACGAACCUCCUCUCUCUACAACAUCCGGAAAUAUCCGAAAAGACCACAAAAUAAAUAUCGUGCAAAAAUCACGUAACUUACCCCGUAGAGCUAUCCCAAAACCGUUGUCCUUUCCCUUGAAUCAAUACUCACACGAGCAGCUACGUUUACCGGCGGCACCAGUAAACAAAGGAACAAAGAAG